UAAAAAAUAUUUAAGUGUAUAUAUACUGUAAUGACUUUAUCUAUAAUAUAUUUUAGAGUCAAUGCUGUCGAAAUAUAACUCCAGAUCCUUUAUAAAGGAGAAUGUGUUUUGGAAGACGUGGUUUAAUAAUAAUCAUAAUUAUUGUACUUUCUAUAUGUGGAAUGCUAGGAUUUAUUGUUACGGUUGGAGCCGUUACCCAUGCAGUUACGGUAGACAUGCAUAGAGAAGUUUUCUGUUCUGUCGCUGUAAUCGGAGUUCUUGUAUACAUAUGUGCACAACUCGGAAUCGUUGGACUUAUACGUGAAAGUAAUUCAGUGAUGUGGUUUUUUGUUGCAUCAAUGUUUGUGAUGUGUCUGGUAUCCUUGUUUAUAUGUAUCACUGGUAUAAUGCCAUACAGAGUAGAAGAGGAUUCUAAAGUAGUGGUAGAGAAUGCAUGGAAGGAAUUACUUAAAGGCAAACCACAUAAUAUGCAAGCAAUAGAAGUUAAGUAUGCGUGCUGUGGAAAAGUUGGACCACAAGAUUAUACAGAAAAUAACAUACCCGAGAGUACUUCUUGCUUUAAGAAUCUACAAAAAGAAGGCGGAGAAAAAUAUCAAAAGGGCUGUUUAAAAGAGCAUUCGAAAGAAUUUGGCUCGCUUCUGUUAAUAUUUGAAGCGUUUUACGUAUCGAUGAUAAUUUUUUGUAUACUUUCUUUACUGAUUUCUGGAUUUCUACUCGUGCAAGCUUAUUAACUCAAAUAAAUCAACAAAAUUAGAGAAACUGCAAACUUAAAUGAAUUUUGAAACAAUGUUUCAAACUUUAACAUAAAAUCACAAAUAAAUUCAUACUGAUUAUAUUAUUUUUUA